UAUAGCUCUCUCUCUCUCUCUCUGUCUGUCUGUCAUUGAUCUUGGUGCAAUAAUCAAGUGAUCAAUGCCACCAAUGAGCCUCCCUCCAGGAUUUAGGUUCCAUCCAACAGAUGAAGAGCUUGUUGCUUACUACUUGGACAGAAAAAUCAGUGGUCACUCCAUUGAGCUUGAGAUUAUUCCAGAAGUUGAUCUUUACAAGUGUGAACCUUGGGAUUUGCCAGAGAAGUCAUUUUUGCCAAGUAAGGAUAUGGAGUGGUACUUCUACAGUCCAAGAGAUAGAAAGUAUCCAAAUGGGUCAAGGACAAAUAGGGCAACAAGAUGUGGGUAUUGGAAGGCAACAGGGAAAGAUAGGACAGUGCAAUCAAAGAAGAGAGCAGUUGGGAUGAAGAAGACAUUGGUUUAUUAUAGGGGUAGGGCUCCCCAUGGCUGCAGAACUAGUUGGAUCAUGCAUGAGUAUCGAUUGAUUCACUCCUCGUGUCCUCCUCCUGCAUCUAAUAAUGCAUCAACUUUGAAGGAUUCUUACGCACUAUGUCGAAUCUUCAAGAAAUCAAUAGAAAUCCCGAAAAGAAAAGAAGAUAAAGUGGGAAAUGUUGCCUUACAAGAUGAUCACUCGAGUGGGACAAUAAUUAAUCGUCGCAGAGAAGUUGAAGACGACGAGAAUAUAAAUAACAACGCUAAUUCGUUGAAAUUCAUUCCUAAUUCAGAAACAUCUUCUUCGGAUCUCACCCAAGGAACACCGGCGGAUGAUUUACAAGCUCCGUUUGCCGGCUCCGAUGAAGCUAACAGUUCUGCCAAGUACAUCUACUCUCUCAAUGAUAAUGUGGAUGAUCCCUUGAUCUCUUCAUCAUCAACUUUAUUUCAGGACAUGGAUAUGCCAAGCUCUUGGAGCAUGCUUUGCCAACAACCUUAUUAUCCUCCCUUAGAAGUUGAAGAUUUCCCGCAAAUAAACAUAAUUACAGAGACUAUAUCAUCAAAGACGACGAAUGAUGAUCAUCAAAGGAUUUACGACGAAUACAAGGAUUGCAUGAAUGGAACCUUAGAAGAGAUUUUGUCUUUGUGCUCCUCCCAACCAACUUCUUCACUCAUUCCCAUGCAACACCACUAAAGUCUAAACCUAGCUAGACAGAUGAACUUCUUCUUCAAGUGGCGGAUUGGAUACACCAAUUAAUUUUUUUACUCUCUUGAUUCGUAUUAACAUUACAAAACAAGUUAAUUCAUCGAUACACAUGCCGAAGUUAGAGUAGAAGAGUUGUUGGGUAUACAUUUGUUUUGUUUUUUUAAUCAUUUUUUAUUAUUGGAGAAUUGAUGUGUAAUUUUCUGUUGCAAAAGUAAUGGAUGAAAAUCCUGAUAUUUGUUGUUGGAAUUCGAUUUGAUCAUGAAAAUGUUCAUAUAUUUGGUUUGUGGAAGGGCCAUAGCCAUAGGUGUAUAAAUAUUUAUGUAUCUAAGCAAUUAAGCAUACAUAGUUUAUUU